UUCAUUCACUACCAAAUGCACACAGUGGUAAACAACUACAUCACAAAGCCUGAACAUCCAAGAUGCACUGGAAGCUUUAAUGCCCGGGAUCUACGCUUCUCUCGAACAAUGAUCUUUGCAAUUGAGGAGAUAAACAACAGCACAAAGUUGCUGCCUGGCAUCAAACUUGGUUAUCAGAUCUAUGACACAUGCUCAGCUGUGCCCGUAGCUGUGCAUGUGGCAUUUCAGCUAUCAAAUGGUCAGGACCCCAUGUUUUACAAAGGUAGUAACUGUUCUCAGACUGGUGUAGUGAUAGCUGUUGUCGGAGACUCUGGAUCCACUCUAUCUAUCAGCAUGGCACGCAUCAUCGGGUCUUUCAACAUUCCUCUGGUGAGCCACUUUGCCACUUGUGCCUGUCUGUCAAAUAAACAUGAGUACCCGACAUUUUUCAGAACAAUUCCUAGUGACCAUUACCAGGCUGCUGCUCUGGCAAAGCUGGUGAAACACUUUGGCUGGACUUGGAUAGGAGCUGUUCAUUCAGACUCGGAUUAUGGAAAUUAUGGCAUGGCAACCUUUCUUGAAACGGCACGCAGAGAAGGAAUCUGUGUGGAGUACGUUGAAUCCUUCGAUUGGACCCACCCAGAGAGCAAGAUCCAAAGAGUUGCUAAUGUUAUCCGGAGGUCAACAGCAACAGUUGUUGUAGCAUUUGCAGCUCCUGGAGAUAUGAAGAUCCUCUUGGAAGAGCUGGCAUGGCAACCUGUUCCAUCUCGUCAGUGGAUUGGAAGUGAGGCCUGGAUAACUGACCCAAAUCUGAUGAGUUUCAGUUUCUGCACAGGGGCCAUUGGAGUUGCCAUUCAACGAUCUGUGAUCCCAGGUUUGAGAGAUUUCCUACUAGAUCUCUCUGUCUCUGAAGUGGCUGCCUCCACAGUGCUGACUGAGUUUUGGGAGAAUGCAUUCAACUGCAGCUUGACAAAAACUUCUAAACUAAACAAGAGAGUGUGUGAUGGAACUGAAGACAUAAAAACCCUUAAAAGCCCGUACACAGAAACAUCUCAAUUAAGAGUUUCAAACAUGGUGUACAAGGCUGUUUAUGCAAUAGCACAUGCCAUUCACAAUGUAGUAUGUCAGGAGACAAAUGCUACCAUACAGUGUGACAAAUACAUGAGACUGGAGCCCAAACAGGUUUUAAGUGAACUAAAGAAAGUCAGCUUUUCCCAAAAUGGUUACCAUAUUUCAUUUGAUAGUAAUGGGGAUCCUAUAGCUUUUUACGAACUGGUAAACUGGCAGAAGAGUAAAAGUGGAGUUAUUGAGCCGUUAACCGUGGGGUACUAUGAUGCAUCCCUGCCAAUGGGAGAACAGUUUCUUAUCAACAGGAACCUAACCUGGCUGGAAGAUAGCACACAAAUACCGGUGUCAAUAUGUUCUGAGAGUUGUCCUCCAGGAACUCGUAAAGUGUUGCAGAAAGGAAAACCCAUCUGCUGCUAUGAUUGCAUACCAUGUCCUGAAGGAGAGAUCACUAAUAUAACAGAUGCUCCUGAUUGCUUCCUUUGUCCCAGAGAGUUCUGGCCAAAUGCAGAGAAAGAUGCUUGUUUCCUCAAACCUAUGGAGUUUCUUUCCUUCGAUGACAUUCUGUCAAUCAUCCUGACUACCUUCUCUGUUAGUGGGGCCUGUCUUGCCAUCAUUACAGCAGUGAUUUUUUUUUGUCACAGGAGAACUCCAAUUGUCAGAGCCAACAACUCUGAGCUGAGUUUCAUGUUGCUCUUCUCUCUGACUCUGUGUUUCUUAUGUUCAUUGACUUUCAUCGGAGUUCCUUCUAAAUGGUCCUGCAUGCUGCGGCACACAGCGUUUGGCAUCACAUUUGUUCUCUGUAUAUCCUGUGUUCUUGGGAAAACUUUAGUGGUUCUAAUGGCAUUUAAAGCUACACUUCCAGGUAGCAAUACCAUGAAAUGGUUCGGUCCUCCGCAACAAAGAAUGACCGUGGUGUCUGUCACCUUUAUUCAAGUUAUAAUAUGCACUGUGUGGUUGGUUUUGAGUCCUCCCUUUCCAGUGAAAAACCUAACCACCUACAAAGAGAAGAUCAUCCUGGAAUGUGCAUUAGGUUCUGCUGUUGGCUUCUGGGCUGUGCUGGGUUACAUCGGCCUGCUGGCUGUUUUCUGCUUUGUGUUAGCUGUUCUAGCUCGGAAACUACCUGAUAAUUUUAAUGAAGCUAAACUGAUAACCUUCAGCAUGCUGAUAUUUUGUGCAGUGUGGAUCACAUUCAUCCCAGCAUAUGUCAGCUCUCCUGGAAAAUUCACUGUGGCUGUGGAGAUAUUUGCAAUUCUGGCUUCCAGCUUUGGACUGAUACUGUGCAUAUUUGCUCCAAAGUGCUUCAUUAUUUUGUUUCAACCAGAAAAAAACACAAAAAAAUUUCUAAUGAACAAAAAAUAGUAGUAAAUUACCUGAAGAGUGAAACCAAAAUGACCAAAUGUACUAUAUGCAAUAGGCAACAGUUAGGCAUUAAAAACACUUUAGCGGCAUUUCGAUAAAACUAUACUAAUAAUUCGGAGCAGAAAUUCAACUGCUCACAUGUUCCACUGAUGUGAUUUUGAUUUCUCAAUUUGUGGUGUCAUUGUUUCAAAAAUAAAUCUCAAUGUUGGUGGGUCUCUUGCAAAACAUAUAUCCUGAUGCUGUGGUGAAUUUUUGAGUUGAUUUAAUGGGUGGGUCCCACUGCUGCUUGGGUGUCUGGAGAUGUUAC